CGCGAAGGUAACGUCUCUUCAACAUGGCGCGCGACCCGUGGUGCUUGGAAACGAGGGUUUCGUUCCAAGACUGGGGCCAGUAGUCCCGGCGAUCGCCACUCGCCGGUCCGAUCGCUCCAUUCGUGAUCUUUGCCCUAGAUUUCGGCGCGGCCCAGAAAUCGGCAGCGCAGUCUUGACAAUGUGAGUUCUUGGCUGGAUUCCGCAGCGGAAUCCUCGCUAGUCCGUGUUCCAGGUGGGAGCUUCGCCGCCGGCUGUGGCGAAUCAGCUAGGAUCGGCUGGAGCUCCAGAAAACCAGCGCAAUGAAGGUCGACGCGGGGCAAAUCCGGAUUAUCAUGCGGCCUUCUCGCCCCGAGAUUGAAGCUGUGACUCCUUCCACUGUUAGUCGCAGCCCGACUAGCAGGAGCCCGAGGAGUCCCGCGAGCGUGGCAAAGAGUGGAUCGGACUCCGAGCACAAGGCUAGCAAUAUCCAUGUAUACGUUCGCGUUCGUCCUCUCGCGAAGGACGAGAUAGCUUCCGGGGUAAAGUCCGCGGUGGAAGUGUCCAGGGACGAGACAACCAUCCAGGUUGUGGAUCGCCAGCAAUCUUUCGGGUAUACGGCCAUGAAAACGUUCCAGUUUGAUGGCUGCUUUGGUCCCUCCAUCACGCAAGAGAAGCUCAUGGAGAAGUGUAAUAUGAGGAAGCUGCUGGACUCGGUGCUGGAUGGUUACUCGUCGACUGUGAUGGCUUAUGGCCAAACUGGCUCGGGGAAGACUUACACAAUGUGUGGUCGCCAAGAGGGUAGCGUGAAGGAGAAGAUAACAGAGGGUGGUGUUAUUGCUCGUUCAGUGAGAUAUAUUUUCGAAGCUAUCAGAAGACGAACCGUAUUGGAUGAUCAGAAAACGUACUCCUUGCGGGCCUCCUACUUUGAGAUCUACAAUGAGCAAGUCCAUGAUUUACUGCGGGAGGAGUGCUCUCCAAGGGAGGUCAGAUGGAACCAGUCGGACGGUUUUCACGUUGAAGGCCUUCUUGUUGUGGAUUGCGAGACUGUUGAAGACGUGUUUGCUGUUGUGAACGAAGGGGCCAAGAACCGCAAGGUUGGCUCUCACAAUCAAAACAAGGAUAGCAGCAGGAGUCAUUGUAUUAUGACCCUGUACGUGGAUUCCAUAUCUUCCAUGGGAGAUGGGCCAAUUCUACUGAGACAUGGCCGACUACUAUUUGUUGAUUUGGCCGGAAGUGAAAGGUUGAAGAAAACAAAAAGCUCCGGCGACAUGCUGAAAGAGACGGGAAGCAUAAACCGGUCGCUUUUUACGCUUGGCAAGGUUAUCUCAGCUUUAUCGGAGGGUAAGAAGGAGGAGAUAGUACCAUACAGGGAGAGCAUGUUGACGAAGCUUAUAAUGGAGAGUUUGGGAGGCAGCAGCCUGGGACUUAUGAUUGCUUGUGUUUCUCCGGCAACAACCGUUGUCGAUCAAACGUUGAGCACCCUGCAUUACGCCACUUGCGCGAAGCAGAUUGUCAACAUUCCAUCUGUGAAGAUGGACGAGAAAGACAGGGUCAUAACACAACUCCAGAAAGAAGUGUCUCGCCUGAAAGACGAAAACCAGUCGCUGAGGUCGAAGCUGGGGAUCAUGGGAACUGGACAAAUCUGCGACAUAGCGACGUUGUCAAACUGCGCUUCGAAAAUGUGCAUGCCAUGCUCAAAGCCGGACGCGAGGCCGAACGACUACAUCCCUUCCAAGGAGAUCACAGGCGGAGAAAAGCUGCCUGAGGGACGCUUAAGUAGAAAUGGCAGUCCGGAUAAGCAGCCGGGCAGUGAGGAUUGGUCCGUGGUAGAGUUUUUCACUCGGUACAGUAGGGAGAGUCUAAAGGGGACAGGGAAGGCAAAAUGGUUACAGCAGGCAGCAAACAGGAGGCAGCGGAUAUGUGUGGAUCACUUGACUCCGUCGAUCAAAAACAAGGUGCUGUCGCGGACGAGCAGCCGGUGUGGUCCGUCCGAGCCGGAUUUCCAAGGAAGUAUCAUUGUCAACCACGACGCGUUCUAUCGGAUACUGGACUUGGAUUUGUAGCGUGGGUGACGGGACGGGCAGCACACGGGGGUGGAAGUGUUUGAUGGUUUGUCGGGUCAUCCGAAAGCCAGGGCUGCGCAGGCGAAAAAACUCCAGCUCAAAAACGCAGGAAGAGCUAGAGAUUUGUGGUCGUGCUUCUGCUUUUGGUGGCCACGGCCUAGAUGAUAUUUUUUUGGGGGGUCCAUCCUCGUCGGUCGGGAAUGUACAUUCUAAUCAUCCUGUUUCGAAAGGAGACAGGAGCUUCAAAUAGGACUCUACUCUCUCGUCCAUCCAUCCAGCUAGAUUGGAUUGAUUAAACUGCCAGCAGUAGUAAAGCAGGCAGCGCGUGUCGAUCGAUCGACAAGUUUCACGCGGAAGACGAUCGCGCGAAACUUACGAGACGAAAAGCCAACGCCAGCAAACUCCUUUUUAAAGAAGAAGAAGGCGCGACAUCCAACGGCGGAGGUUUCCAACGGCUGGGAUCUCUUUUCGCCUCCAUCUUGUUGCCAAAUCGCCAUCGCGGAAGCGACGUUGUGGCGACCGUUUCCAAAUCCCGGGGCAUAUUCUCCGGCACCAACGCGUACGACACAAUCGCUCUGCGAUGUAGGUAGACGUGUUGCUGUUUCUUCCCGGAAAGCAUAAAAACAGAGCAUCCCUCUCU